AGCCAUGAAGCUCCCACUCCUUCUUCUGCUUUCGUUCGCUGGCCUUGCCCUUGCUCAGAUUGUUCCUAGGCAAUCCUGGUGCCGACAGCCACUGUCCCCUCGCCUGCCACGUCUUGCGGUGCCCGUGCGCCUGAUCAUCAUCCAUCAUACGGCCAGUGCGCCCUGCUAUACGCCCCAGCAAUGCCAGACGGCACUACAGCAGAUCCGCAUGGGGCAUCUGCUGAGAAGGUUCCGCGACAUUGGCUAUAAUUUCCUGAUUGGCGGCGAUGGACGCAUCUACGAGGGCCUGGGCUUUGGCAUUCGUGGAGAGCAUGCACCGCACUACAACAGCCAGUCGAUUGGUGUGGCUUUCAUUGGGAAUUUCCAGCAUACGCUUCCCUCGCCGCAGAUGUUGCAGGCAGCCCGCACCCUCAUCACAAUUGCUGUCCAGCGGCGACAGGUUCUGCCCAAUUAUUCCCUUGUGGGGCACUGCCAGACGAAGGCCACAGCCUGUCCGGGACGCCAGCUGCUGGACGAACUGCGCAAGUGGCCGCGCUGGCAGCCAAAGCCAUAGAAUCGGUAGAGCUUUGAAUGCCUCUCUUUGUACAUAAAUUUAUUCUAGCAGCAAACUAAUAAAGAAUUAACGAGAAAGUCUCCACUUAAAUGCUCCUCCAGUUGGGCCAGGUCUUGAUCUCAUUGAAGAGAGCUGUGCCCGGGCAGGCGGUGGCCUUGGUCUGGCGAUGUCCCAGCAGCGUGUAGGUGUCCUUUAGGUGUCCCCCCUGCUUGGCCAUGGCAAUCAGAUCCUUGGCAUUCUGCAGCAUCUGCGAGGAUGGCUUGGUGCUCUCAAAGUUUCCAAUAAACACAAUGCCAAUGCUGUUGCGAUUGUAGUUGGGCGCAUGGGAGCCCUGCAGGCCAAAGCCGCGGCCCUCGUACACCUUCCCAUCGCCGGCGACAAUGAAAUUGUAGCCAAUGUCGCUGAACUUGCGCCUGCCCUUGUGGUCCGUUUGUAUGGCCUUGAUCAUCCGUUUGCACUGAUCCGAACUGCUGCAGCCAUUGGGAUUGUCCGAGUGAUGUAUGAUCACAUAAUCCACGGCGCCACUUAUCCUGGCUGGCGAACGGGCAGCCACUGCGCCCCAACUGCUGCGCGGCUCAAUGUUCAG